CCGCGGCGGCGCAAGAUGGCGGCGCUGCAUGAGGAGCCGGCGGAGGUGGCGGCGGCGCAGCCGGACCCCGAGGCGGGGACGCCGCCGCCGCCGCCCGCGGUGCCCACCGCCACCGCCGCUCCCGCCGCCGCUCCCGCCGCCGCCAUGGCCGCCGCGGCGGAGGGAGAGGCCGCGGCGGGCGCUGGGGAUGCGGCGCCCGCGAAGCCCGUGGCGCCGGGCCCGGCCGCCUCCCCGGCGGCGCUGGACCGGCAGACGCUCGUGGCCGUGCUGCAGUUCCUGCGGCGCAGCAACCUCCGCGAGUCCGAGGAGAUCCUGCGCCGCGAAGCCCGCCUGCUCGGCGACGACCUGGGCUCCGCCGCGCUCAGCCCCGCCAGCGCCGGGCUCCUGGGGGGCUCCGGCAGCGACGCGGACUCCGGAGAGGCGCUGCUCGGCCGGGGCACCGGCGCUGCCGCCAUCGCCAUCGGAGGCAGCGUCGCCACUGUCGCGACUUCCAGCCCCGGGGUGGCCGCAGUUGCCGCCGUGCCGCCGGGGAAAGUCGGAGGUGCCGUGGUUGUGGAGGAUCAGCCAGAUGUGAGCGCAGUGCUGUCGGCCUACAACCAGCAAGGGGACCCGACGCUGUACGAGGAGUACUACAGCGGGUUGAAACACUUCAUCGAGUGUUCCCUGGACUGUCAUCGAGCAGAGUUGUCUCAGCUGUUUUAUCCUCUCUUUGUGCACAUGUACUUGGAAUUGGUCUACAAUCAACACGAGAGUGAGGCAAAGUCUUUUUUUGAAAGGUUUCAUGGGGAUCAGGAGUGCUAUUACCAGGAUGACCUGCGUGUACUGUCUAGCUUAACCAAGAAAGAGCAUAUGAAAGGUAAUGAGACCAUGCUGGAUUUCCGAACAAGCAAGUUUGUGCUGCGUAUUUCCCGUGACUCUUACCAACUCUUGAAGAGGCAUCUUCAGGAAAAGCAGAACAAUCAGAUCUGGAACAUUGUUCAGGAGCAUCUUUACAUUGAUAUCUUUGAUGGAAUGCCUCGCAGCAAACAACAGAUAGAUGCUAUGGUUGGAAGCUUGGCUGGGGAGGCAAAACGAGAGGCUAAUAAAGCAAAGGUUUUCUUUGGCUUAUUGAAAGAACCAGAGUUUGAUGUGCCUUUGGAUGAUGAAGAUGAAGAAGGAGAAAAUGAGGAAGGAAAGCCAAAGAAGAAAAAACCUAAAAAAGAUAAUGUAGGGUCAAAAAGUAAAAAGCAGGACCCUAAUGCUCCUCCCCAAAACAGAAUUCCUCUGCCUGAACUGAAAGACUCUGACAAGCUGGAUAAAGUAAUGAAUAUGAAGGAAGCUGCAAGGCGUGUGCGUCUUGGCCCAGAGUGCCUGCCCUCCAUCUGUUUCUACACAUUCCUUAAUGCUUACCAGGGUCUGACUGCAGUGGAUAUUACAGAUGACUCCAGCAUGAUUGUAGGAGGCUUUGCUGACUCUACUGUCAGAGUGUGGUCUGUGACUCCAAAAAAGCUACGUAGUGUGAAAACAGCAGCAGACCUCAGUCUUAUUGACAAAGAAUCGGAUGAUGUCUUGGAGAGGAUCAUGGAUGAGAAAACAGCAAGUGAGUUGAAGAUUUUAUAUGGUCACAGUGGACCUGUCUAUGGCACCAGCUUCAGUCCUGAUAGGAACUAUCUGUUGUCCUGUUCUGAGGAUGGCACUGUCAGAUUGUGGAGUCUCCAAACAUUCACAUGUUUGGUGGGAUAUAAAGGACACAACUAUCCAGUAUGGGAUACACAGUUCUCUCCUUAUGGUUAUUACUUUGUGUCAGGGGGACACGACAGAGUGGCUCGUCUGUGGGCAACAGAUCACUAUCAGCCACUACGGAUAUUUGCUGGCCAUCUUGCUGAUGUCACGUGUACCCGAUUUCAUCCGAAUUCCAACUAUAUUGCCACAGGCUCAGCAGACAGGACUAUACGGCUCUGGGAUGUUUUGAAUGGGAAUUGUGUAAGAAUAUUCACUGGACAUAAGGGACCAAUUCAUUCAUUGGCAUUUUCCCCUAAUGGAAGAUUCCUGGCUACUGGAGCAACAGAUGGAAGAGUUCUGCUAUGGGAUAUCGGACAUGGCUUGAUGGUUGGCGAAUUGAAAGGGCACACUGACACUAUCUACGCGCUCAGAUUCAGUAGAGAUGGGGAGAUUUUAGCAUCAGGUUCAAUGGAUAACACAGUUCGUCUGUGGGAUGCUGUGAAGGCAUUUGAAGAUUUAGAAACUGAUGACUUUACUACAGCCACUGGACACAUAAACUUGCCUGAAAACUCACAGGACUUGUUACUGGGUACAUACAUGACCAAAUCAACCCCAGUUGUUCAUCUCCAUUUCACACGCAGGAACCUGCUGCUGGCUGCGGGAGCCUACAGUUCACAGUAAAUUGGGAAGCUGAGAUGGACUGUGCCAAGGCAUUGCAGAACUGACCUCAGGAUGUGAGACAAGGAGAAAUGUCUUGUACAGAAGGAUCCCCACGAGUCUGUUGCAGGGAAAAUGGAACUGUGUAAAUUAAUGCAGGCAGCGUUUCUCAGUUCUGCUGUUUCAUAUUUAUCUGCAGUUUGAAACUGCUGGAGAUUGACAAGACAUCAUGGCUGUAAAAGAA